UCCUAGAGAAUUCCGAGUACAACAAUGCGUCCAAAGGAAUCACAUCCUCUCGUGUGUAGAUAUUCAUAAAAGGUGUACACUAUAGGUUCCUUUUUUUGACAGAAAAAGAAACUCAUUUAUAAAUUCUUAUUGUGUCCAUAUAAGCAAUUAUUAGGAUGUAGUCGAUUUGUUUAAUUCCAUAUCGAAGCUGGUGGAAAUCAAUAUGGCUGCCGAAGGCUUAAGAUCGACGGAAUAAAUGAAACUGUGUGUUAAAUUGAAUAUUUUCUGUACAAUUACGAAUAAAUGUAGGAAAACACAUCUUAAGAUUAUACCAUGGGAUUUAUUAUGUUAUUGGAUUAUUUUUCAUCGAAAUGUUAGUGCAGAGCAAUAGAGAAAGAAGAAAAUGUUGUAGAUAACGGUAGGUCAAACUGACAUUCAAGAUGGAUAUGUUGGAGGAAGAAGAAGAUACGGCCCCUUUCGUCCUCUUCACCCCCGAAUCUCUGGCUACCAUUCAUGCCAAUAUAAAUGAUCUUAAGGCGAUCAAAAAGGCUGAUAAACAGGCGGCUGAAGAGGGAGAGGAGGAGGAAUUACCUCACCAUGAAGAAGAACCAAAACCAGAACCUAAAUUUGAGGCUGGCAAGAAACUACCUAGAGAACUGAUUGAUGACUUUCCUCCAGAAUUUGUCGGUAAACCAAUAGAAGACCUUGAUGAGUAUUAUGAUCCACAUAUGACAUUUUGUGUAAUAGGAAAAGACAAAACCAUAUACCGAUUUAGUGCUACAAAUGCCCUGUUUCUCCUGAGUCCUUUCAACCCUUUCAGAAGAAUAGCUUUAUAUUUAUUAGUUCAUCCUCUGUUUAAUGCCCUUGUGAUUAUAACCAUUAUUGUCAACUGUGUCUUCAUGGCCAUGCCGGAGGAUAAAAAGUACGGAGAUUAUAUUGAAUAUGUGUUUACAGGAAUUUAUACAAUAGAAGCAGUUGUUAAGAUUACAGCAAGAGGUUUUAUUCUUAAACCUUUCACGUACCUUAGAGAUUUGUGGAAUUGGUUAGAUUUUACUGUUAUAUCUUUAGCAUAUGUUACCAUGUUGCUUCCAAAGGACCUUAUAGGUAACCUUGCCGCCAUUAGAACAUUUCGUGUACUUAGAGCUCUUAAAACAGUGGCUGUAGUACCAGGGUUGAAAACCAUUGUGGGUGCCUUACUUGAGGCCGUUAGGCGGCUACGUGAUGUCAUUAUACUUUCAAUCUUUAUGUUAUCCAUUUUUGCCUUGAUUGGAAUGCAACUUUACAUGGGAGCAUUGCGUCAUAAAUGUGUAAAAUUGGCUUUAAACGAAAGCGGUGCACAAAACACGAACAUGAGUGAUACUGAAUACGAUAAUUGGGUGAUGAACGAAGAAAACUGGGAAGUAAAAGCCGGUGACGAGUUUACAAUGUGUGGAAAUGCCACCGGUGCUGGAAAAUGCAAGGACGGAUUUAGAUGUAUUAAUGGCACACAUUCGAAUCCAAACUACAACUACACUCAUUAUGACAACUUUGGAGUGUCACUGCUGUUAUCCUUUAGACUGAUGACGCAAGAUUACUGGGAAAAUUUAUACCAACUGAUUUUGCGAGCAGAAGGUCCUUGGUAUUGUCUAUAUUUCAUGAUAGUGAUAUUUCUAGGAUCGUUUUAUCUCGUCAACUUGAUUUUAGCUAUAGUAGCUAUGUCGUACGACGAAACACAGAAGCAAGAUCAAGCGGAUGCAGAAGAAGAAGAAGAAGGGAAAAGGGAUGCCUGUUUAUUGAAUACGCUUGAACAAGAAAGACAUGAACACGACAAAAGAGAGCUCAUUGAGAUGCUUACAAAGGAGCCGUCGGAUAUUACAGGCAGUUUGCAUGAUAUAAAUGACGACGAGUCUAUCAAGUCAGAAAAGCCAACUGCAGUCGAAAAUCAUUUAAGUGUAACGAAGCCAUGUUCAAGCCUUCCUAGUUCUCCAUUUUCUCGCCGCAGCAGCUGGAGGAUGAAAUAUGCCAAGCACUUACCACCUUCACACCCAGACCAUCAACCCCUAGUGCCACCAUUUUUAGAUAUUCGGAACAACCUACCUUACGCAGAUGAUUCAAAUGCAGUAACGCCAAACUCUGAUGAUCUAUGCACAUUACCUAUUAACAAACAGUUUUUGACUGCACGAAGAAGUAGUUUUGCUUCAAUAGGUCGCCGUUCACAUGGUGGUGACCCACGGGCGUCCUCGAGACGCAGCAGUUAUGCUUCACUAAUAAGUAGGGCUUCAAGAGCAAGCAUACGUUCCCGUGAACACCCCCGAUCCCCAAAAGAUAAAACAGCCAAAUUGUUAGAACGUUGGGCAAAGAAACAUCCACAUCUGUUACCUGAGGUAAUUGUGGAUAUAACUAAAUCUGCUGAAAAUGAUUCCACUGCAGGAUCAGAAUAUGAUGGAGAAAAAAAGAAGGCAGACCACAACACUGUUUGUAGAACUUCUAGUGGGAGGACGGUUGAUGUACAAGAUGUAAUGGUAUUGAAGGAACUUCUAGAGCAUGCAUCAAGUCACAGACCAAGUAUAUUCAGUGAAGGCAGUUUUGAAGAAGAGAAAAUGAUAAAGAAAUUACAACGUAUUUUCUGUAGUUGGACAUGCUGUCCUCAAUACCUAACAUUUCAGAAGAUUGUUGCACUUUUCAUCUUAGACGCCUUCAUUGAUCUGUUUAUUACUAUAUGCAUUUUAGUUAAUACAGGAUUUAUGGCUGCGGAUCACUAUGGAAUGUCACAAGAGCUGAGAGAAUUUUUGGAAGCUGGAAAUUAUGUAUUCACUGGAAUAUUUGCUGCUGAAGCCUUCCUAAAAAUAAUAGCCUUAAACCCCAUGGAAUAUCUCAAAGAUCGCUGGAAUUGCUUUGAUAUAGUAAUAGUUAUUUUGAGUUUCGUGGAGUUGGCACUUGAAGGUGUUAAAGGCUUAUCUGUACUGAGAAGUUUUAGAUUGCUUCGUGUUUUUAAACUAGCGAAAUCCUGGCCUACUCUUAACAUGUUGAUAAGUGUAGUGGCAAGAACUAUGGGUGCUUUAGGAAAUCUUGUAUUUGUAUUGGGAAUAGUGAUAUUUAUAUUUGCUGUGAUGGGUCAGCAGCUGUUUGGGCAGAGCUAUGAAAGAUAUGGAAAUCAAAAUGAAACCGUUGCUAGUUUAAGAGAUUCAGAGAGACCUAGAUGGCAUUUUAUGGACUUUUUGCAUUCCUUUAUGAUUGUUUUCCGUGUUUUAUGUGGAGAAUGGAUUGAAUCAAUGUGGGGUUGUCAGCGUGUUGCAGGAUGGCCUUGUAUUCCCUUUUUCCUACUUACGUUUACCAUCGGUAAUCUUGUGGUAUUGAAUUUAUUUCUUGCUUUGCUGUUGAGCUCAUUUAGUAAUGAUAACGUAGAACCAAGCACAGCAGAACCAGAACCCAACAAAUUGGCAGAAGCAAUAAGUCGUUUUGAAAGGUUUUUCAGAUGGAUUAAAGUGAAAACAAUAGUGAUUGCAAAAAGUAUAAAAGGUCGGUUGGUGACAAAACCUAAACCUCCAGCCUUGCCGCCAUCAUCACCAGAAGUAUCCCGUUUUGAUAUGAACGGAAAAGACAGCAUGGUUGAUGGUCAUCAAGUCAUUGGUAUUAAUGGUUCCAUAGAUCCUCAGAACUUUGAUGACCAUCCCAAACUAACAAUACAAGACACAGUGACAGUUGAAAUAAUAAAUGGCGGAACUCCUGAUACCAUUGAAGGUGAUAAUACUUCAACAAAAUCUGCCAGUCGAGCCUCUUCCAUCAAAAGUAAACAUUCAGAUGAUUCUAAAAGUCUUAGUAGUAGUUCAACAUCAGAUGACGAAGACUCUAAGAUAAGCUUAAAGAAAGUAGACGCAACAGGUGAACCAGAGAUAAACGAUGUCGAGGCUGUUUUUGCUAACCAGCCAGAUGAAUGUUUCUGUAGUAUCUUUAGAAGGAAUUGUGCGUGUUGUAUUCGUUGUGAACACACAACAAUUGGAAAGAAAUGGUGGUCCCUUAGAUGUAAAGCUUUUGCUAUGGUGGAACAUAAGUAUUUUGAAACAUUCAUCAUAACAAUGAUCCUUGCAAGUAGUUUAGCCUUGGCUCUUGAAGAUGUAUAUCUGCGUGAACGUCCAGUGCUGAAGGAAGUUUUGAAUUACUUUGACAAAUUUUUCACAGUCAUCUUUAUAUUAGAAAUGUUGCUAAAAUGGGUUGCAUUUGGAUAUAAAAAAUACUUUACAGAUGCUUGGUGUUGGCUGGAUUUUGUUAUUGUUUCUAUAUCUAUCAUUAUGUUAGUUAUUGAGAACUUGCCACAAGAGCCGGGACAAAAAGGUGACGGUGUAGGUUCUUUAAAGGCCCUGAGAACAUUAAGAGCGUUGCGACCACUCCGUGCUGUGUCUAGAUGGGAAGGAAUGCGGGUCGUGGUGAAUGCAUUGAUAAAAGCUAUCCCAUCCAUUGCAAAUGUGUUGUUGGUGUGUCUUGUCUUCUGGCUGAUCUUUGGAAUAGUUGGUGUCCAAUUCUUUAAUGGAAAAUUUCACAGUUGUGUUGAUGCAAACGAUACCAGAGUAUCACGGAACAUAGUAGCUCAUUAUAAUGAUUGUAUUAAAAAUGCGAAUGAAACUGGCUACAAGUGGGUCAAUCCAGAUGUCAAUUUUGAUACUGUUUAUAAUGCAUAUCUGGCAUUGUUUCAAGUGGCAACAUAUAAAGGAUGGACACUUAUUAUGGAUAAUGCCAUAGAUACUCCAACAGAAAUCGGCUAUCAACCUGAUACUGAGAUCAAUGUCUAUAUGUACCUGUAUUUUGUCCUGUUUAUAAUUUUUGGGUCAUUCUUCACAUUGAAUCUCUUUAUUGGUGUCAUCAUUGAGAAUUUCAAUCAGCAAAAGAAAAAGGCUGGAGGAUCGUUAGAAAUGUUUAUGACAGAGGACCAGAAGAAGUAUUACAAAGCAAUGAAGAGAAUGGCCAGCAAAUCACCACAGAAGUCUAUUCCUAGACCUGAUUUUUGGCCACUGGGAAAGAUGUAUGAUUUGGUUACUAAUCAAGCGUUUGAUAUUGGAAUCAUGAUUGUGAUUAUGUUAAACAUGCUUACAAUGACACUAGAACAUCACAACAUGACUGAAACGUUUUCGACCGUUUUACAAUAUAUAAAUAUGUCAUUCAUCAUCGUGUUUACCGUAGAAUGUGUGCUCAAACUUUUAGCUCUUCGCUGGUUUUACUUCAAGGUUCCUUGGAAUGUGUUUGAUUUUGUUGUAGUUGUUUUAUCCAUAUUAGGUGUUGCAAUCAAGGAUGCUAUGGAGGCUUUACUUGUACCACCGACUUUACUUCGUGUAGUAAGAGUCUUCCGCGUUGGUAGAGUUUUACGAUUAGUUAAAUCUGCCAAGGGUAUUCGAACAUUAUUGUUUUCAUUAGCCGUUUCUUUACCUGCACUUUUCAAUAUCGGCUUAUUGCUAUUUUUAGUGAUGUUUAUUUAUGCAACGUUUGGAAUGAGCUUUUUUAUGAAUGUAAAACAUACUGCAGGCCUAGAUGAUACAUUUAACUUUGAAACAUUCGGGCGUAGUAUCAUUAUGCUUUUUCAAAUGUGUACAUCUGCAGGAUGGAGCGAUACCCUAGCAGGUUUAAUAAAUGAAAAUGUAGGGAAUAAAACUGAUGAUUGUAAUCCUAAUGCUGACCCACCAAACUGUGGUUCUUACGGUAUUGCUGUUGCUUAUUUAGUAUCUUAUCUAAUUAUUAGCUUUUUAGUGGUUGUUAACAUGUAUAUUGCCGUCAUAUUGGAAAACUUUAGUCAGGCAACUGAGGACGUACAACACGGAUUAACACCUGACGAUUUUGAUAUGUAUUAUGAAAAAUGGGAGCAUUAUGAUCCGAAUGCAACUCAAUUUAUUGAUUUGGAUAAAUUAUCGGAUUUCGUUGACUAUUUGGAGGAACCUCUACGACUUCCUAAACCAAACCAUUUCAUGUUAGUUAAACUUGAUAUUCCAAUUUGUGAUGAUGAUAAAAUGUAUUGUAGAGAUAUAUUAGACGCAUUGACUAAAAACUUCUUAGGUUCGGAAAACUUAGAUAAUACAGACAUGGGAGUUAAUCCGUUGCAACAAGAUAAAGCUAAAGUGGAAUAUAAUGUUGCCAGUUCAACCAUGAAAAGACAAGUAAUGAAUUAUGCAGCAAGGGUCAUUCAAAGAAGAUGGCGGAAAUAUCAACACGUAAGAGGGGAUUUACCGCCUCCACCACCAUCCUACAACGAGGCGACUCAAAAUGUUUCUCAGGAAGAACAAAAGGAUGAACAAGCAGAAAAUGAUAUAGAAAUAGUUAUAUCACCAUCAGAAAACAGAACAGUAGAAUUAGGACCUGACAGUGAUGUAGUUGCGUGAUCAGAAAUGUAUUCCUUUUUUACAAGCCCGUUAACUUGUACAGUUAUAAUUCAAACUUGUGUCAAUAUGAAAUAUAACAGGAAUGCUGGAAUUCUUUUUCGUCAUGCGGUGAUUGUGUUUUAUGCAGUGUAGAUAGAUAAUUUACCAAAAUACGUGAAAUGAUUGUCAGAGCAAUUAAUUGGCAUAAAUUAUACUCAUACACUGAACGUCUUUCCAUUAGCCUGGUACUGGGAUGCAAUUUAUUAAUUAUUAUGUACAUAAUUUUUUUUCAAAUAUUAUCUCUUAUUUGCAACUAAAUAACGUUAAAUCUUAACAUUCUCAGAACUGAUUUCUGUUACUGCACCAAAAGUAAGUCAACAUAUAUACAAGUCCCAUUUCCCUUAAAAUCCUAUUUAUAAAAAUAACAGAUGUAUUCUAACAAAAAAUACAUGUUGUUCGUGGUGAUAUAAAAAAAAGUGAAAAUACUAUAUACAGUGCAGCCAAUAAAUAAUUUUACUGCUUUGUUAAUUGGAACUGAUAUCUUUUUAUUGAUUUAGAAAUACAGAGAGAGCGAAACCUCUAUAUCAUACAUUUACUCCAAAACUUUUUGAAUUAAGAUAAUAAAAUAUAAACAUAGACAACUCUACAUCUGAGACCAAACGACAUAGAAAUAAGCUUGUUUUAUUUGUGAAGCGAUUUAACUAAGAAAUCCGCAGAAUUGUGGAGUCCCAAAUUAAUUUUCAUUAUCUGGGAAAAUGCAUAUUUUUAAUAACAUGACUUCUUUUUGUAUUUCACUUUUAAAAGCUUUGAGCAAUAAGCGGAGUUUGAUUUGUGACCUUCAAUUUUUUUUGUUUGUUUAUAGAAACCAGUUCUGUGAAAUUCUAUAGUAACAUUAGUUGCAACUUAAGGUGGUACCUAACACUUGAACUAAAAUUAAUUUGGCUCGUUUAAUUUUCUUAAAAUUUUGACGAAGAAUUUACUUUGACCUUUUGACAAAAAUAUAAAAAUUUCAAAAAAUUUGAACCAACCGUUUAAUCAGAAAAAUUACACUGGUUAUAUAGUAGUUUGACAAAAACUUAUUUUGGUCAUUGAGAAGCUUAAUAUUCCCUUAAAAACACAACGUCAUUAAAACGUUCUGCUGAUUUUACAGAGUUAUCUCCCUGUAGUGUUAGGUACCACCUUAAAUGCUUAUUGACGUUUCAAUAUUCAUCGAAUGUAUGUCAUGUUUCAAAUAAUUCUUACUUAGAUGUGUCUUAUGUUAUAAAAUGUUAGUUUUUUAGCAAAUAGAUACUUUUUCUUGUUACAUUAGAUAAGGAUUUUUUUAGCUUAUAUUAUUUCAUAACUAAUGGAAUUGUUGUUUGACUGAAAUCAAUAUAUAAAUGAAUAUUGUCGUUUUUUCAAUUUUUUUUUUAUAUUGUUCGCCGUUUUGAAAAUAAAACCAUUCAGCUUGAAACGGUCAGAAUUCUUUCGAAGCCAUCGUUAAAAGUACGUGCUGUAUGCCAAUCUCUCAACUUGACAAGAUAUCGUUUAACCGUGACUGCUUUUUUGUAUGAAUUUUCUUGCAAGUGUUAAGGUUGUACAUAACAAUGAUAUUAAUAUUAACAGUAGGUGACAAAAAUGCUCAGGUACAGAUGCUCAAAUUAUGUUUCAACUACUAACGUCUUAAAAAAUCAAAGUAACAUGAUACGCCGAUAGUUACAAUGAGAAGGGACUAACAAAAACCUUUUUUUUUCUUCUUCAAAAUGAUUAUAUUGGUUCAAUAAAAAUACUUACAAAAUGGUUUCAAAUUACACUAUAUCAAUUCAAUAUUGAUUUCUUGUUCAGAAUAUGUCUAUAAAAUACUCAUCAACAAUACCAGAUGUUUGAUUUGUUUUACUUACGCCCAUUUCGUCUCCAAUAUUGUGGAAAUUGAGGUUUUGUUAAAUAUGUAAUCGCCCGUUUACGUACCUUUAACCUGAAAUAUAAAUAAUUGUCAGUCUGAAAUUUUGUUUUUAGUAAAAAUGUACCAAAUAGUUAUCAAAAGUACCAGGAUUAUAAUUUUAUACGCCAGACGCGCGUUUCGUCUACAUAAGACUCAUCAGCCAAACAGCGUUGUAGAUUAAUUGCAAAAAUAUUUAUCUAUUCCGAUCGUCUGUUUAGAAAUUAUUGGAUGCGCUUGCAAGAAAAUUUGUCCAAUGUGAACUGCAAGUUCGUGAUACUCGUACAAAAUUAAUAUUUAAAUGAAUUGUACUUAUGUACUCAUAAAAUGUUUCUUAUUUUUAAUUCUUAACUUUUAAUAUUUAUAUAUCUAUAUAUCUAUAUUAAAAAUCUAUAAAACAAAAAUGUUUCUUUCUAUUUUCCGUCCAUGAUUUAUGGUAUUAAUUUAGUUUUUAAAAAAAAUUAAUAAAGAGGCAUGUUUACCAAAUUAUGUCGUAAGUAAUAGUAUUAUCGAUAGAUUAGGUGUUUAGAAUUUCACGUGUCACGAUUUCUAGAAAUGAAAAUACAAAUUUAAAGAAAAACGAUUUCUUCGUAUUUAUGCAAUGACUAAAUGAUAACAUACAAGUUUAUAUUAAUAAUGAUAAUAUAAAAGUGUACAUCGAUUCGAUAGAUAAUAAAGCCAGUACAUAACAAGAAACCAAACAGAACACUAAAUUCAUUAUUUUAAACAGCAGAUUUUCGUUACAAACCUCACUUUCAUUUAGAAUUUAACCUUAGUGCUUGCCAUAAUUUGCCAGUUUUAUUUUACUCUGAUCUUCCAAUGUAAAUAAUUUCCACAUUUUGAUUUUGAAUGUUUGUAUUUUCUCUGUUAGACCAUGAAUUAAAAAUUCUAAUCCAAUGCUUAAACAAAAUUUGAAGGCUUAAUGUUUUCUAUCAAGAUUCAGUAGGAUUUGGUUUGUUCGUAUUUUUAUGACUUGUAAGUCUUGAAUUAAUAAGUUGUUUCUAUCAUUUAAAAUGUAUUUGAAUUGAAUUUUGGAGUUCUUCUUGUUAUUAAACAGUCAUAAUAUAUUAUAUAAUUUUCAAAGAUGUGUUACGAAAGAAUGUGAUUUUCUUCAGUUGUUAUUUUCUAACUGUGAUAAUUUGUUAUAUAUUUAUUUAACCACAACUUUUGGGGUAAGCGCUAUAAUACAAUUUGUUCUUAUCCUUUUAUUUUAGAGAAUUCCACUUUUGAAUGUUCCUGUCAUUUUGUGUAUCAUUUAUAGAUAUUGUUAGUGAAAUUUAUUGAUACGAUGAUGCCUAAUUUUUUUUAAUUACGUUUUGAACCAGCAGAGAAACAUCUUUGUUGUUAAAAAUUAUAAUGAAAGAGUAGGAAAAAAAGGUCUACAAAUAGAGCUCUGAUUAUAUAAUUUCGUUGGAAUUUAUGACAUUUGAGGAUUUUGUAGAUAGAAUGUUAAAAAUUGGGAGUGAAAAGUGAAAAUUGGACAAAACUUCCACAUGUGUCACUGGGGGUCAAUUGCCACUUUUCUAGCACACUGUCUGUGGUUUCGUCUACCAUGUUGUUUUUUAUUAUUAUUUUAACUGAAUUGAACCGUGUUAUUUCUUUCGCUUUGCUACAAAAAUUGAGCUUUUGAUUUAUUAUAAGGUAUGGCAUCACAGUCUUUUAACCAUAUAAACUUGUGUAAACUGUAUGAAUAUAUGUAUUUAUUUUUUUUUUGCCCAAUAAUUCUUUUAAAUGUGUUAUAAAUAUAGCCCCUACAAGUUGGUGUGAUAUUUCCUCAAUUGUUGGACAAGCUUUAUUUAACAACCGCCUUCAUACAUAUUUCAUGAAAAGGUUGCGAGAAGCGCAAGAUUAAUAGUCCAGCAAAAAUAAAAUAUAGACUUAUGGGUGUAUUAAAACGAGGCAAAAGUUCAAACAAAUAUUUUGAUAAGGUUACAUAAUGUUUUUAUCGAAAUCCGAAUACAUUUUGAAAAAAUAUCCAUUAAAGGGCGACUAUCGUAUAUGCAAAUUUUCAUUUUACUUUGUAAAUACUAAUGAAAAUACUGCUCAAUAAGCACAGUAGAUUAUAUAGUAUUAUUAGCACUUUUUAUGAAUGUGAGAACUUGUAUGUCUGAAAAUGGACGAAUAAAUGGUAGAACCGGUUUACCCAAUAAAAAGUUAUGUACGAAGCAAAAAAGCGAUGCAUGUACAUGUUAACAUGACCAAAAAUAUUACUGAAAAGUUCCUAUGCAAAAGGGAAAUAUAUAUGAUAUAUAUAACUGUUAAAAUCUUGAAAUAUUCAUACCACCAAGAUAAAACCUUAAGCAUUUCAAAUACAGAUACGUUUAAUUGAAUUUUUUUUUCAUAAUAGACUUAACUGCAAAGAGUUGUUGCUAUUAGUAUUUUGCAUUGUAUCAACAAUCUCCAUACUCCAACCAUCAAUUGUCAUUGUAAAAUAUGACAAAUGCUAAUGAAUAACAAUAUUACAUAUGUGUUACAACUUUACAAAUAAUACAAUUCUAAUAUUCCCAAUGAAACACCAUUUGCCAUAAACUUUAUUAUGUAACCUAUGUUAAAUGUUGCAGAGAAAUUAAAUUUCUUGUAUUUGUACGUGUUGAACUGUGGUUUUUCAUCCAAUGCACAUUUUUUCUAUUUUUAUUAUAUAUAAUCGUCACUUAUGAAAAUAUUGUUUAUGGGCCAGUUGAAACUACUUAUUUCGAAAUCGUUUUGGUAAUAAUGAUAUUUUUAUCUUUGGCCCACUUAGCUUUAUUCAAAAUUAACGAGAAUAACGGUUAUUUCUAUGAGGAUAAAUAUGUACCAAACUUUUUAUGAAAUAUUAAAUAUGAAUUUACAUGUAUAUUUUUCAUUAGAAAAGAAGUAAAAUUUGUGUUCAUUGUAUUUAACAAGAAUUACAGAUAAGAACUUUCAACUGGCCUCUAAUGUAUAAAUCAUUGUGAAAAUAUGUUAAAAUAAACCAAUAACGUGUUGUCAUUGUGACAUGCUUUCUUAUCUACACCAAUGCAUUUUGUAUGUGUACAAGUAUCUGACAUUCUUCUUUUUUAUAUAUAUAAUUAAUAAUAAAUGCUCAAAAAUGGUAUGGAAAGAUUGAAGCUUUCAAUGUGAUGAAAAGAUGUGGAAUUUUAUGCACAUUUAAACAAUUUGUCAAAUUGUCAUUUAUGCUUUUGUCAUUUUCACAUUGUUCAUUUCUUCUGUAAAUAAAUUUAUUACACAAUAAAAAUGAUUUUAACCAA